CUACUGACUUAGCAUUUGUACAGUCAUAUUUUUAUUGAGAGGCUGGCAGAUAUUUAUUCAUUAAGAAUCAAUUCAGGAUCAACUAAAGAGAGGGAAGCUCUGGCAUUUGAACGUGCACUCUUUUUGUAGGGUGAUGUGGCUGAUACUGGCUUCUACCAUCUGCUUUCCUAUUGCAGCCUGUUUCUCCAACCUGCAGAGCAGAAACCAGCCUUUCUUUCCUUCUGGAUUGUUAAAGCCAUUCACAUUUAUCCUGCAUGGCAAUGAAUUAUAGUCCAUUUUAAGGAAUCUUUUGUGCUUCUGUGCGUAUUCCUGCAGCAGAAAAAGUGCAUGAGAAAGGAGCUUGAGCAGUCAGUAGUAUAGUAGCUGGCUCACCCGUAUGGAUUAGACUCGUGAGGACAAUAACGAUGGGGGCUCGAGCAACGGAAACAACUCGGGAACUGGAAAGCACCUCUAUAAACUAUCAAAUAGGAGGACAUGCGGAGAAAAUGUGGCAACGGCUCAAAGGAAUAUUAAGAUGCUUGGUAAAGCAGCUGGAGAAGGGUGACAUUAAUGUGGUGGAUUUAAAAAAGAAUAUUGAAUAUGCAGCGUCUGUGCUGGAGGCAGUUUAUAUUGAUGAAACCAGGAAGCUUUUGGACACUGAGGAUGAGCUCUCUGACAUCCAGUCGGAUUCGGUCCCGCUGGAAGUGCGGGACUGGUUAGCUUCUACAUUCACAAGGGAAAUGGGAAUAGUGAAGAGGAGACCUGAAGAAAAGCCCAAAUUCCGAAGCAUUGUGCAUGCGGUACAGGCUGGGAUUUUUGUAGAAAGGAUGUACCGACGAACUUCCAGCAUGGUUGGUUUGGCUUACCCAGCAGAAGUGAUAGUAACAUUUAAGGAUGUUGAUAAAUGGUCUUUUGACGUAUUUGCCCUAAAUGAAGCAAGUGGAGAGCACAGUCUGAAAUUUAUGAUGUAUGAGCUGUUUACCCGAUAUGACCUUUUGAGCCGUUUCAAGAUCCCUGUUCCCAAUCUUAUUUCAUUUGCUGAAGCUCUUGAGGUUGGUUACAGCAAAUACAAAAAUCCGUAUCACAAUUUGAUCCAUGCAGCUGAUGUUACUCAGACUGUGCAUUACAUAAUGAUUCACACUGGUAUCAUGCACUGGCUCACAGAACUGGAAAUUUUAGCAAUGAUCUUUGCAGCUGCCGUCCAUGAUUAUGAACAUACUGGGACCACAAACAAUUUUCAUAUUCAGACAAGGUCAGAUGUUGCAAUAUUGUACAAUGAUCGUUCUGUUCUUGAAAAUCAUCAUGUAAGUGCUGCUUAUAGACUCAUGCAAGAAGAAGAGAUGAACAUCCUGGCAAAUUUAACCAAAGAUGACUGGAGGGAGUUGCGUAGCUUGGUCAUUGAGAUGGUCUUGUCUACAGAUAUGUCGGGUCAUUUUCAACAAAUUAAAACAAUGCGACAUACUCUACAGCAGACAGAGGGGGUAGACAAAGCCAAAGCCAUGUCUUUGAUUCUACAUGCAGCAGACAUAAGCCAUCCAGCAAAAUCCUGGGAACUGCACUACCGGUGGACCAUGGCCCUGAUGGAAGAAUUUUUUCGACAGGGAGACAAGGAGGCUGCUUUAGGUCUUCAGUUUUCACCACUCUGUGACCGCAAGUCUACUUUGGUAGCUCAGUCCCAAAUAGGUUUCAUUGAUUUCAUAGUAGAACCAACAUUUUCUCUUCUUACGGACUCAAUGGAGAAAAUUGUUAUGCCUCUUAUAGAGGAAGCAUCAAAAUCUGAAAGUCCUGCAUUUGGGACACCCAGCCAAAAUAGUUUGGGAGCAGUAAGCAAUGUUGAAGCACAAAGACGACCCAGUUUUAAAAAUACAAGUGAUGGAGGGACUCACACAGAAAAUUCUCUAGCAACUGUAGACCUAACGAGCUUUAAGGACAACUUGAUGAAGAUCAUUCAAGCAAACAAAGAAAGAUGGAAAGAAUUAGCAGUGGAAGAAGAACUUGUGAAAAAUGUUGGUGAACAGGAAAAAGAACAAAGCAGAAAUUCCACAGAUGCACAGUUACAGGAAGAGACAACAAGGAUACAAAAUGAGAGUAGUCAGGGAAGCGAUGGUACAACCUGUCCUCCCAGAUCCAUCGUCCUACAAGUAGUCUCUUUCGACACUCCUCUGAGUGAUGAAUCCAACUCAGAAAAGUGCACUAACUCUGAUCCGAACCAGAAAGAUCUCACCGAUGCCCAGCAAGAAACACAGAAUACAGACCCACUGAAUGGUGAGCCUAAACACUGUAAGAAGUCAGAAGAUAUUGUAAAAGCCACUGAGCAGAAAGAAGCACUGAUAGAGAACUAGAUUUGCUAUUUAUUAAGAGCUUCUGACAUUUCAGGCACGACAGGAGAAAAGAAGAACUCUAGCUGUUCCUACCCCGUGCUCUCAGAGGCUGUUAUCUGUCAACUUGUUCUUGGAUCAUCCUGUUUCCGUGGAGAGUCAUUGGACAAAAUGAUUGUUGUGGUUUGCCACAACAAUGAUCAAAAGUGUGAAAUGCAAAACCCUGAGCUGGUAACUCAAGGCACUUAACAACUCGCAAGAUUUCAGUUGUAUUUGUUGUUGCUAUUUCCUCUUCUAUUCUGCUUUCUUAAAAUAGCCAAAAUACUUUUUUCAGCCAAAGUUGGACCUCGCUUUAUUGCGUCACUGACACCAGGCAUUUCCAGUUAACCAUGAGACAUGUGAAAACACAACAUUUAUCAUCUGCACUGGAUUGCUGCUACGUGUCACUGCUACUGGCGUCCAAUGGAAAGGGAAAGUCAAAAUGAAACAUUGUUAUAGAUACUUGUUCAUGCAACCGUCUGCAUGCAACAUUAAAGUCCUACUUGUUAGUUUCCUUAAAAUAUCUGGAAAUAAAAAUAUGUAGACUGUACAGGGAAGUUCUAGAGUUAUCCUGAGCAGCCUGCGUGAAUGAUGAUUCUUCCCCACUGUGGUGGCUACUAUAUGGAGAGAACUGGUGUUUAACAAAUCAGUAUUUGAAAUAUCUCUUUAAAAUUAAUUAAAUAGCAUUCAGUAUUAAAGAUUAAAACAUUCUCAGUCCUAUAGUAUUUUGGAAGACAUCAGCAAUGGUGUCAGCCCUACCAUGAAGCUGGUGCUUAUUGUUUUGUAGGGCGGAAGCGACAGCUGCAGGAAUACAUGAAAAUUGCUUCACUUCAGCAAAAUAGUGUGUUCAGUUCAGACAGAACUGGAAGGUGACACUGAGGCCUUAUAUCACAGUUUGUCUCAAAUGCAAGGGUGACAACAUGGAUCCAGCAAAUCCUUGCUAGCAUUUCUUUCAUUAAAAGAAAACACCAGACCAUCUUUCUCUGAGAGGCAGUGAAAACGGAGCACGCAGGCAGUUACCUCUGCAAGAAGCCUCAGAAUGAGCCCUCCAGCCCAAACUGUGCCCAGAAAGAGACUCCAUUUUCAUCUCCGCUUCCCUCCAGCUGCACGUGACCCCUCCUGGCUUGCCCAGGCAUCCCAUGCAGCUGCAGCCAACCUCAUUUCCCUCUGCUGGAACCUGCCAGGAAAAUUCCAUGCUCCCCUUCGCAUCGUAGGUGCUUGGGUGGCUCCAGUCACUGCACUCCCAGUUCUCCUUUUCGGACCCUGUGGUUAUUACCUCACUGACCAAAAAGUCUUUACAAUCACCCAUGGUCUGCUCUGAAGAGGACUCGUGUGGGCGGUGGCACUCCCCUCUAUGCAGAGGCUGACGGACAACUGAAACCUAUGUGCUAUUCAACUGCUGCUUCAGGGAUCUAACCAGAGCUCAACAGGUAUCAGGGUCAACCUCAACAAGGGAUCGCUUUGUCCUGAUUGAAGAAGGAAUUGUAAAACAAUCACCCUAGACUAAGGGACCUUACACGAUCAUACCUGUUGACUGUCUCUUUUCUGACAGCGGAGCAAUUGAAAUUGAGCUGGGAACGGUGAGAGCUCCGAGCCCUGGGAUAAGGGCAUGCCAAAAGGUGGAAUUCCUGUCAUUGAAUAUGUAAGCCAUAUACAUGCUAUGCAUAAGUAGUGUGCAUAGUUUUAACUUAAGAAAUGUUUGUGCAUAUAGGAUGUAAAAAGUGCAUUUAAAUUGUUUUGUGUGUCUGGUCCAGGCUUGUAUUUAGCAUGGACAAAUUUCUGUACAGUGCAGUUAACAAAUGAAAUUGUAUCAUAUAUGUUAUAAUGCAAUCGAUAUUUUUUGCUAAGAGUUAAGAAUUUAUAUAUUCUUUGCUAGUGUUUGAGCAAAUCAUUAGUAGCCUGGACCACUCCGUGCACCUCUGCAUCCUUUUUGGGAAUGUUGGACUCUUUUUUUUCUUUAUAAUAAAAUGUAAACCAUCUUAUGGUUUCUUAUUGUCAUUAUGACAAGAAAAGAAACAUAAUGGUCAUAUCAGACAUUUUUUUAAUUGUAAAUUGCCAUAUGCUGUGGCAGCGGAAAAUCUUGUGGUUUAAGAUCUGAGAACUUGGGAUGUUAUUUCAGAUAUGUUGAGCAUCUGCAGUUCCCACCAAAUUUGAAAAGAACGAGAGAUGACUGAUAUCUUUAAGAACUAGGCCAGUUAGGUAUUUGUUUGUUACAAAGUGUUCUUCAACAUUGUAAUUUAUAGUUCACUGAGACUGAAAGUCUGGAGCAAUCAGAAUUCAAUGUUUUUGUUUUAGUUUCAAUUUCAGACUUUUACCAUAGUUGAACUUGACUUUUUUUUUCUCUGUGUCUCUGUCCCAUCGUGACUUAUAUACUCUGCAAGAAUUUUCUCCUGGAAAUACAGGCAGAAAUUAUGACAGGUUCUGCAGAGUACUUGGAGCGUCCUGUGGGGCUCUCAGUGUCCUUUUAUUAUUAUACCCGGCAUCAAGAUCUGGCACUGCAGAAACUAGAAGGAGUUCCUGAUCUCGCAGGAGGCACUCAGAGCCCACAGAACUCAUUCAUUAAUAUAGAGGUGUGAUUUGUGUAUAAAUAAUCCUAUUUGCUCAUUUGUAUUCAGUUUUAAUCACUGUGGUAGAUGUUACUGAAAUACAAGAAGAAGAGUCCUUAGUUUUUCUUUAAUGCCAGCUGAUUCUCUUUCUUUCUUCCUUUAUUCUUAGCAAGAUUUUACCUGGACAUGACCCAAAGCUUAGUGUGUUGUUUGGAUGAGGAGAAAUUUUCUUUGGUGGAGAAGACCGAUAUAGCCAACACGUGUUAGUUAGGGCUUUGACCUUGGGUGAAAUUUGCGUUCGGAUGGCAGAAAGGCUUCUUGAGAGGGCCUCUUCCUGAACAAUAGUUUCUCUCUGAAACCUGUAAGGCUGCGCUACCAAAACACUGCAUGGGGCCAUAAGAAAUGGUGUUUGUAUAUGCAUCUCUCCCACAGCAUUAUGGGCAUGUACCCCUGCAUUAAGCACACCAAGGAGCUGUAGCUAUAGAUUAGCCCUCAAGAGUUUUAUUUUGUAUUUUUAUCUUGAGAUAUCUGACAGAUAUAUUAUGUAAUAUUGUUAUGGGUUAUGAUCUAGCCAGUAUUUUUUUAUUUAAUUUUCAACAAGGCAAUCUACUACCGUGUGUUUUUAUUCUGCUGUAUUUGUCCGUAUUUCCUAUGAUGAUAUUCCCAAAUAAAUUUGAUUUGAGGGCAA